CAUUUUAUAGAGGCCAAGUUCUCAACCACAUUUUCCUCUAAAGCAAUUUUAUCCACAGACCAUAUAUAUACUUGUCAUAAAGAGUGAACAAAGUAACAUCAAAUAUCCAUUAAAAAAAAAAACGAUGGAAUUAUCUACAACUUCACAGUCUAUUUCCUAUGCUAAUCUCCCAAAACUACUAUUCCCUUAUAGAGCUAAUCUUUGUUCUUCCAAUUCCAUUAAUUUUCUUGGAUUUAAUUGCAUACCAACAAAACUAAAAUGUAGUGCUAGGCAAUUGAGCCAAUUUGGACCUAUCCAUGCUUCUGUGGUCGAGAGUAAUUCAUCUAAUGGUUCAGUAAUAUGGUUUCUUGAAUUUAUAGGUGAUGGAGACACAAAGCACAUUGGUACUCCAACUCCAAGGCCACGCUCUCUUGAAAUACCUUCCGGUGCAGUUACUAUUGGACGUGUUGCUGAUAAGGCAGAUGUAGUCAUUCCGGUGCCUACAGUAUCUGCUGUACAUGCUCGGCUGCAGAACAUGGAGGAGUAUCUCGUAGUGACAGAUUUAGACAGCACAAAUGGCACGUUCAUCGGUGAUAAGAGGCUCCAACCUGGUGUGGCUGCUGCUGCGUUACCUGGAAGUCUCGUGACAUUUGCCAGAAUUUCGUUAUUUGCAAUAAUUUUGUAUACAGAGGAAAUAUAUAUAAAAUGUGAGAUUUAUUGAACUUGUGUUGUCCAAUUUCUUCUCGACUUGGGAGACAAUUACCCUUUUUGUUUUUUGUUUCCCACGAAUUUGUUUAUGAGCAUUGAGUUUUGUUUCU